AAAAUCAUACAAUCAUGGAGGACAAAAACCAAGCUCUUGCGGAUUUUGAUCCUCCCAAAUCAAAAACCAGUAGAAAAAAAAACAAGUAUGCAAUUGCUUCUUCUUUUCUAGCUUCCUUGUCAUCCAUCUUGCUUGGUUAUGAUAUAGGUGUGAUGAGUGGAGCCAUAAUCUACAUCAAGAAAGACCUACACAUCAACGAUGUACAAGUAGAGAUUCUAGUAGGAAUUCUCAAUCUCUAUUCUCUUAUUGGCUCCGCCGCUGCUGGCCGGACUUCCGACUGGAUAGGUCGUCGGAACACUAUGGUUGUAGCAGCGGUUAUCUUCUUCGUGGGGGCAUUAUUGAUGGGUUUUGCUACUAACUAUGCCUUCCUCAUGUUUGGCCGUUUUGUCGCUGGCGUUGGUGUUGGCUAUGCUCUUGUCAUUGCUCCCGUUUACACUGUCGAGGUGUCCCCCGAGUCUUGUCGGGGUUUUCUCACUUCCUUCCCUGAGGUAUUUAUUAAUGGAGGUAUAUUGCUAGGAUAUGUGUCUAACGUAGCAUUUUCCAAACUUCCAACACACUUGAGCUGGCGAUUCAUGUUAGGAAUCGGAGCAAUUCCGUCCGUGUUAUUGGGUUUAAGUGUUCUAGCCAUGCCCGAAUCACCGCGGUGGCUUGUCAUGAAGGGCCGACUUCACGAUGCAAGAACCGUGCUUAAAAAAACCUCUGAAUCACCAGAAGAAGCCGAGUCAAGACUUCGUGACAUCAAAGAAGCUGCUGGCAUACCCGAGCACUGCAAUGACGAUGUGGUCCAAGUUCCUAAACGCCCGAAAGGAAACAAUGUAUGGAAAGAACUAUUCCUUUCUCCUACGCCAUCCAUUAAACACAUAGUGCUUACUGGUAUUGGUAUACAUUUCUUCCAACAAGCAAGUGGCAUUGACUCUGUUGUUUUGUAUAGUCCAACAAUUUUCGAAAGGGCGGGCAUUAAAUCGGAUCAUGACAGGUUACUAGCUACAGUAGCAAUGGGAUGUGUGAAAACAUUAUUUAUAUUAGUAGCCACAUUUUUUCUUGACAAAGUUGGACGUAGGCCAUUGCUUUUAACAAGUUUUGGUGGAAUGGCCAUUUCACUAUUACUCCUCUCUGCUGGCCUUACAGUUAUUGACCACUCAAAUGGUAACUUCAGAUGGGCCGUGGCCCUUUGUGUCACAAUGGUAUCAGUCUAUGUAGCACUUUUCUCAAUUGGUGCGGGUCCAAUUGCAUGGGUGUAUGGUUCAGAGGUUUUUCCAUUGAGACUCAGAGCAACAGGGUUCAGCAUAGGUGUAACAAUAAACAGAGUAACCAGCGGGUUAAUAUCCAUGACAUUUUUAUCGUUAGAAAAGGCGAUAUCAAUUGAAGGAGCGUUCUUUUUCUACGCGGGAAUUGCAGGGAUGGCUUGGCUUUUCUUCUUUACGUUGAUGCCGGAAACACAAGGGAAAACAUUAGAGGAAACUGAUGCCUUGUUCGGUACUUUCUUCAAGUGGAGGUCAACAGUGCGAGAGCUCAAGGCAAAGAAGAUGUCUGAGAUGAAUGACACUGCCCAAAUUCAGAUGGCUACUGCAGAUGCUGUUGCUAGUUGAAAAUUGAAAAUCAAAUAGAAGGGCUUUUUAAUUGGUAAAACUACAGUAGUACAACUUGAAGACCCAUCCUUAUUUCAACAUUACCUUUUCUUUCAUACUAUAUUAAUAAGAUGGAAUGUGUUAUGAGAUA